AUGGGGCGAAUCAACGAUGGCCUUCCCGUUCUCUAUCUCGCUGUCGCUACCGGACUAUAUUACAACCCAGAGUAUGCGAUACUCAAUUCUAGGAUUGUGACUGGCUUGGUCCUUCUUGCCAUUGUUGCCGCUUUCAAAGUCCUCUACCAAUUUUCUCUAUAUCCAGAGUAUUUCACCCCAUUGAAACACAUUCAAACGCCCCCGGAGCGUACUUGGCUGCGAGGAAACACCGAAAGCUUUUUUUUGGAAACUCCUUAUAUAGGUCUCGAGAAGUGGACCAAGACAAUGCGCAAUGACGAUCUCCUGCGCUAUUAUGUUGUUGGUAAUUUGGAGCGUGUGAUGUGCACAAGUCCAAAGGCUUUGAGCGAACUACUCGUCACCAAAGUUUACGACUUUGAGAAGCCUGAGAUUAUCCGUGAGAGCUUACGUCGCGUUACGGGAGAUGGGAUUCUCCUCGCCGAAGGCGAAGAGCACAAGAUUCAACGAAAGAAUCUGAUGCCGGCUUUCGCCUACCGCCACAUCAAGGACUUGUACCCAGUAUUUUGGGCCAAGAGUGUGGAAAUGGUCAACUUGAUUCAAGAAGACCUGAAUAAUCCCAGCAGAAAAACAGCGAGCAAGUCUGAUAACACGAUCCGUAUUGACACCUGGGCCAGUCGCACAACCCUGGAUAUAAUUGGUGUCGCCGGUAUGGACAACGACUUCGAUUCUCUUCGAAACCCUGACAACAAACUCAACCAAUCUUAUCGCCAAAUUAUGUCCCCGCCGUCAGCAUUCAUGAAGACCCUGUUUGUCAUUGGCAUGCUCUUCGGCAAGCCAACAUGGACCAACAGAUUACCAACGGCGCGUAACAAGGAGAUUAUAGACAGCGGUGAGGUAAUCCGCAAUGUCGCUCGUCAAAUGAUUCGACAGAAGAAAGCGAAAAUGGAAGAUCCAACAGCGGAAGCGGGCAUUGACAUCAUCUCCGUCGCUUUGAAGAGCGGUACUUUUGAUGAAGAAAACCUGGUUGACCAAUCCAUGACCUUCCUCGGUGCAGGUCAUGAGACAACAGCAACCGCCCUACAAUGGGCUAUCUACGCGCUAUGCAAAAACCCGAAUGUGCAAAGCAAACUAAGGGAUGAGAUUCGCGCGAAUCUUCCGUCCCCAGAUGACAGCACUCCCAUAACUGCAGCCCAAAUCGACAACCUCCCUUAUUUGAAUGCAGUGUGCAACGAAGUCCUCCGAUACUACCCAUCUGUCCCAGCCACAAUCCGAAAGGCCGUCCGAGACACAUCACUCGCCGGGAAACAUAUUCCCAAAGACACGUUGUUCAUCAUUGCUCCCCGGAUCCUGAAUCGAAUGGAAGAAUUCUGGGGUGAGGAUGCUGAUAAAUUCAAUCCUGAGCGGUUCAUGGGUCCUGGGAAGGCGAAUACCGGUGGAGCAACAAGCAAUUAUGCUUUCUUGACUUUCCUGCAUGGUCCUCGCAGCUGUAUUGGUCAAGGAUUUGCUAAGGCGGAGCUUGCUUGUAUGGUUGCUACUAUGGUUGGGAGAUAUCAUAUCGAGUUGAAGUUCCCCAAUGCAAAGUUGGAAGUUCGGGAGGGGGCCACCGUCUGUCCUAGGGACGGCGUGAUCACUUUGAUGACGAAGUUGGAGGGAUGGUGA